CGGUCGUCGUUCUCGUUAUCAUCCCCUUCUCUCGCACAGCACAGGAGACGGCGGCGGCUACUGGACGUGACUCGGCACCAUUGGUCGUCAACGGCGGCAGCCCUGGUGGUACUCGACGGCGGCGGCUACUACAUCCCAGCUAGGAGCAGCACUUUGAGACGGGGAGCAGCGGCGGCCGGCAAGAGCAGCUCGUGGAGACGCCGUGAGCACCAGGGGGAGGCGAGGAGACGCAAGAGGAGCAAGAGGGAGAGGUGGUGGCGGGGCAGCAGGGGCCUCCGGGGAGCAGCAGGGCGACGACAGCGGUGGCGGCUGUGUCAGGAGUGAGCACGGGCUAGGGUUCAUCCCGAUUGAGGGAGCAAACUGUGUGUUUUAGUCAAACAGUUCCCCUUCCCGGUCCAAGGAGAGCAACUUCGAGAAGGAGGCGGUGAGGGCGAGCAGGGAGCGGAAGAGAUGGAGAACGGCGGCAGCAAAGGCGACGUCCCGGAGGACGCCAACGCCCAUUGCCCUGGAACGCAGUCGGAGGAGGCGGGGAAGGCCGAUUCCUGCGCCGGGUGCCCUAACCAGCAGAUUUGCGCCACCGCCCCCAAGGGCCCCGAUCCUGACUUGGUUGCUAUUGCUGAGCGGAUGGCUACUGUGAAACACAAGAUACUGGUUUUGUCUGGAAAGGGAGGUGUUGGAAAGAGCACAUUUUCAGCCCAGCUCUCAUUUGCCCUAGCUGAAAUGGACCAUCAGGUUGGCCUUCUCGACAUAGAUAUAUGUGGCCCUAGCAUCCCGAAAAUGUUAGGCCUUGAAGGCCAGGAUAUUCAUCAGAGCAACCUUGGGUGGUCACCAAUCUAUGUUGAGUCCAACCUUGGUGUCAUGUCGAUUGGGUUUAUGCUGCCUAACCCAGAUGAUGCUGUCAUAUGGAGGGGUCCUCGCAAGAACGGAUUGAUCAAACAGUUUCUCAAGGAUGUUGACUGGGGUGAGAUUGACUACCUUGUAGUGGAUGCACCCCCUGGAACAUCAGAUGAGCACAUCUCAAUCGUCCAGUACCUACAAGCCACCGAAGUUGAUGGCGCAAUAAUCGUGACGACCCCUCAGCAAGUCUCUCUUAUUGACGUGAGGAAGGAAAUCAAUUUCUGCAAGAAGGUGGGUGUGCCGGUGCUGGGCGUUGUGGAGAACAUGAGUGGCCUGAGGCAGGCAUUCACAGACCUCAAGUUCGUAAAGCCAGGUCCUGCAGGGGAGACAGACGCCACGGAGUGGGCGAUGAACUACAUCAAGGAGAAGGCUCCGGAGCUUUUGUCGGUCGUGGCCUGCAGCGAGGUGUUUGACAGCAGCAAGGGUGGCGCAGAGAAGAUGUGCCAUGAGAUGGGGGUCCCUUUCCUCGGCAAGGUGCCGAUGGACCCGCAGCUGUGCAAGGCAGCCGAGGAAGGGAGGUCGUGCUUCGCCGACCAGAGGUGCAGCGCCAGUGCGCCGGCUCUGAAAAGCAUCAUCGACAAGCUGAUCAAAACCAAGUAAGCAGACAGUGUUUGUGCCUGCUGGAGAAGUACCACUAGUCAAAAAUGUAAUGAUGAUAUCUGGGAUGUCUCGUUGUACAAUUGCUUGUUACACGCCCGAGUGGUUUUGACUCUGUUCUUAGUUUCCUAAAGCUUUUUGGCUUGUGUAUCCGGGUUUUGUUUCAGAAAUAUUGAGCGUUGAUGCGAUAGAGGCUGAAAUUACAGACUUCGGGCUUGCAGAUUUUAAUCA